CUGUUUCCAGUUUCCUCGUUUCUUUCUAAAACCCUAACCAAAAUAAAUAGAUAAAAGCUCAAAGCUAUUAUGCUCAGCCAUUUCCUCUGCUACUUCCAAUUCCAUUUCCUUUCUCUCCGCUUUCGCCUAAUUUUUUACCCUUAAUUGCGUUUCUGUGGGUGGUAGUGAGGACACAUUUUUGCGGUGUUCCAGAAUAGGGUGGGGUUAUUGUUCAAAUGGCUUCUGUGUCGAGUCAGCCACAGUUUCGUUACACCCAACCUCCAUCGAAGGUGCUUCAUUUGCGAAACUUACCAUGGGAGUGCACAGAGGAGGAACUGAUUGAACUUGGAAAGCCAUUUGGUAAAGUUGUGAACACAAAGUGCAAUGUUGGAGCUAACAGAAAUCAGGCUUUUAUUGAAUUCGCUGAUUUAAAUCAAGCUAUUGCAAUGAUAUCAUAUUAUGCAUCAUCCUCUGAGCCUGCUCAAGUGCGUGGCAAAACUGUCUAUCUACAGUACUCAAAUAGGCAAGAAAUAGUAAAUAACAAAACUACUGCAGAUGUUGCUGGGAAUGUACUGUUAGUUACAAUAGAGGGUGCAGAUGCACGCCUUGUCAGCAUUGAUGUGUUACAUUUGGUUUUUUCAGCUUUUGGGUUUGUGCAUAAGAUUACUACCUUUGAGAAGACAGCUGGAUUCCAGGCGUUGGUACAAUUUUCAGAUACAGAAACUGCCUCUUCUGCAAAGAAUGCCUUGGAUGGAAGAAGCAUUCCUAGGUAUCUUCUUCCUGAGCAUGUUGGACCCUGCAACCUUAGGAUCACGUAUUCUGCACACACAGAUUUGAGUGUGAAAUUCCAGAGCCAUCGGAGCAGGGACUAUACUAAUCCUUACCUUCCUGUUGCUCCUUCAGCGAUAGAUGGAAGUGGUCAGUUAACUGUGGGUUUGGAUGGGAAAAAACUAGAACCAGAGAGUAAUGUGCUUCUUGCGUCUAUUGAAAACAUGCAGUAUGCCGUCACCUUGGAUGCUUUACAUAUGGUGUUUUCUGCUUUUGGGCCGGUCCAAAAGAUUGCCAUGUUUGAUAAGAAUGGGGGCGUACAGGCAUUGAUUCAAUACCCUGAUGUUCAAACUGCCGUUGUUGCCAAGGAAGCUUUGGAAGGACACUGCAUCUAUGAUGGAGGAUUUUGCAAGCUUCACAUCUCAUAUUCACGCCAUACUGAUCUCAGCAUUAAGGUCAAUAAUGAUCGGAGCAGAGACUAUACAAUCCCAAACAACCCUGUAGUGAACCCCCAGCCCUUGGUUCUUGGGAACCAGUCAGUUUCGGUAAUGGGUCCUACUGUUCAGUACAACAGGACUCCAUUCACUCCCACUCCAGAGCACCCUGUGAUGCCUCAGUCUUCAGCUGGGUGGGGCACUGGUGUUCCACCAAUGCCGCAGUCCAUGCCAAUGCAGAUGCAUAAUAAUCCUUACAUGCCACCUGGGACAAUGCCGUUUCAAGUUUCCCCAGGAAUGAUGCAGUCAUCGAUCCAGAGUGGCAUACCACAGUCAUCAAUGUUGCCCCGUUAUGGAUCUGGCCAGAUGCAAUAGUCGUAAAUAUAGGCAGGUGGGGAUGUGAGUGCGCUUUCUUGAAGGAUCUGCCUUAGUCUUUUGCUGUUUGGUAUGGCUUGCUAUUCAUGCCCCUUUCUUUGGUUCUAAUUCCUCGCUCAAAAUACACGCAAUAUGCAUUUUCUUUUGUGUUUAAACUAAUGUUUUAGCCUCUUGGUUCUUAUAUAUCAUCAUUGACGGUUACUUUUC